AUGUCAAACACCAGGAUUGCCUCGCAAGUGCUCAUCAACAACGACAUGACGAAGAAACAGCCUUGGCUACCAGAGGUGAAGGAAGUAAGCGGUCUCCACUUUGUCAAGCUGCACAAGUGGGACCGUGGGUUCACCCGGUACGUCUCUGGCAAGUGCUUGGACCUCAGAAAGGGCCACGCAUGCAACAUUGGAUGCGACUUCCUGGACAACUUGCAGUCCAAAGUUCACGAGGCCAGCAAGGAGGCGGUCAAACGCGUGUUGGACGCAGAGGUCGAGGAGCAGGACGCGGGCAAGCCCAAGCCGAAGCGCCGGCGCAUCGUGCGCGCUGACGACAAACACUUGGGGCCGGAGUGGAUCACGGUGCAUUUGCCGCCGCUGGGCGAGUUUCACGCGAUUGAUGUGCGGAUUUUGUGGUCGGUCAAGGGAGCUGACCUCUGGGUAGAACUUAAUUCGGACGUCUUGGAAUACAUUCGCCAAGCGAUCCUGGAGUCCCAGCAAGGGCUCAUGUCAGCUUAG